CACACGUGCAAGUGUAUGGGGAAUGUACUGAGUGAGCCAAUGCGUGCGUUAGAAAUGGUUUAUAUGGAGUUGCCAAGCUUCUGCUGAACCAUUUAGGAGGAGCGAAACGUGAGCACACAAGUAGUUUCCUAGUUCCAGAUUAUUUUAAGGUUAUUAAACAUGCCGACUACACAGCACCUCAUCGGUGGAAAUGGAGGCCAUUCAUUUGCUUUCCAUGGCCUCCACAAUGGUGCCACCCUCAGGAAGAUUGAAGUGGCAUUGGACUACUGGCAGAUCAAAGCUGUGCGGGCAGAACUGACCGACAGGCGCGUGGAGACCUUUGGACGGUCAGACACUUUUCACAAAGAGUUUACGUUCAGCCCGAACGAGCGCAUCACCAGGCUGUCCCAGUGGGGGAACGGUGUCGGGACACGUCUGGGUGGCAUCAGGUUCUGGACGAGUUCUGGACGCCAGUUCUCAGCGAUCAUGACUAGCUGGCCGCUGAAGACCGAGUACUCCAUCGAUGUGGGGUCUGGAGUCUGCCUGGGGCUGGAGGGGAGAUGUGGUCAUGCCAUCGACUGUAUGGGAUUCCUCUUCAUCAAUGCCAUCCAGUCGUCUGUGCUAACCGACAUGACCUAUCCCAGCCUGGCCACGUACACACCCGAGGCAAACAAAGAAUACAUAAAAUCUGUGUCUUAUCACAAUGGCAGUACUGCGGAUCAAGAGCAUAAAUGUGCAUACAGCAGAUCUGUGACCAAGUCUACCACCUGGAGCAACACGGUUAAGAUUGAGUCCACCGUCAGCAUGUCUGUUAAAGCAGGGAUCCCGGGAGUGGCGGAGGUGUCUGGUGGGUUUAGCGUGACCGUGGGAGAGGAGCAGACCUCCUCAAUGACCUACUCAGCGACCGUAACCGAAUCAGAUGAGAUCAAAGUAACGGUCCCGGCAGGAAAGACCGUGAAAGUUGAGGUGUCAGUGGGACGAGCAGUCGUCGACCUCCCCUACUCGGCCACAGUGAAGAUCAGAUGCCUGAAUGGCAGAGAGCUGCACUUCCAAACCACCGGCCGCUACAUUGGUGUGGCUUACACUGCAGUGGAUGUAAAAACCACUGAGUCUGAUAAAGUUAUGAACAGUGUUGGGCAAGUUACUUCCAAAAUGUAAUAUAUUUCAUAUUACUAGUUACUUGCAUUUGAAAGUAAUACGUU